ACUUCGAUGGAACCUUGGUGGACGCGCGGAGGCCCCGGCACGCCGUACGUGCUUGUGUUUCUGAGCUAAGUCGUCGGAUUGCACGAAAGCGUACAUUUGCCCUUCAUUACACUGUAUAAAGUGUGGUGCAGACAUCCACAGAACAUCAUUCAGCUGUGCACUAGCUCAAUAACAAUCAAACAAAAUGUUCAAACUGUUCAUCUUCGCUUGCUUCCUGGCCUUCGCCGCGGCUAAGCCCAGCGUCCUUCUCAGCUCGUACACGGCUCCCGUCGCAUACACCGCGCCCGUCGCGGCUGCCUACACCGCUCCGCUGGCCUACUCAGCCUACACCGCACCAGUAGCAGCCUACUCCGCCUACACAUACGCCUCACCCUACGCCGCUUACUACCUCCGCCGUUAAUCGAGUUUCGCAAACGUAAUCUACCUUGGAAUAUAUCAUGAA